AUGGGCCCCUACAUGACCCCCCUGUACCAGCCAGGGUCAGGCCCCCCUGCUCCCCCUUCCCCCAGCUCAAGAAGCGGACAGCUUACCAAAGAGAAGGGCCCAAGAAGCAGACAGCUCACCAAAGAGAAGGGCCCAAUAAGGAGACGGCUCACCAAAGAGAAGGGCGUAGCAACCAGGGUCAGGCCCCCCUGCUCCCCCUUCCCCCCAGCUCUACCCAGCCUAAGAAGCAGACAGCUCACCAAAGAGAAGGGCCCAACAAGCAGACAGCUCACCAAAGAGAAGUGCCCAACAAGCAGACAGCUCACCAAAGAGAAGGGCCGAGAGGUUUCAGUCCAGGGUGGACCAGGUGAAACUGGGUCUGUGUUCAGUGGCAGGCUGGUCAUCAUGAAUGGUGCUGUGUUCACUGAAGAGUUGAGGGACAGCAGCAGUCUGCAGUUCAAGUCCCUGGCCUUCGACACAGAGCAUCUGAACCUGCAGUUCCGUCAGAGUGUGGAUGUGAAGGAGGCAGAGCAGCAGCUGGAGGCUGGGAAAUGUCCACCUUAUCAUAUGGCCUGUGGGAAUGGCUCUACAUGUGUGCCCACAGUGCAGUUUUGUGACGGAGUAAACAAUUGUCCUGAUGGCUCAGAUGAAAACGAUCCUCUCUGUGGAAGCCCUGGCCAAUGGGAGAAGAAGUUCCAGAUCCGCAGCCUCCCACUAACUCAUUCAAAUUAACUAAUGUGUCUUAAGUUCUGGUACCACCUGAAUGGAGAGGACGUGUGUCGGCUGAGGGUGUUGGUAGAGAAAAGGUCAACGUCUAUGGCCAGGAGAGAGGCUUCAGCCACUGUGUUUUUUCAGGAGGGGAACUAUGGGGAUAACUGGAACUACGGCCAGGCCUCCCUGAAUAGCAACCUGGAUGUAACAUCUGUGGUUUUUGAGGCUCAGAAGAAAGUGGGUAUGAAGAAUGACAUCGCUCUGGAUGACAUCAGUCUGACAAGGGGUCCCUGUGAGGAUGGCCCACCGGAGCCAUACCAACCCCUACAACACCCCCUCAUAUCCUGUUAUGAGAAUUUCUAUCUCACCAACUCACCCUCCCAGUCACCAACUCACCUCUCUCACCCUCCCAGUCACUCACUACCACUGAGUAACCAACUCACCCUCUCUCACCUGACAAUCCCUCUUCUUUAUCCAUUCAUGCCAUCCUCGUUUUCCAUGCUAGGAUCUAAAGUGUGUUUUUUUGUCUCAGCUGACUGUGGAGGACCUUUUGACCUCUGGGAACCCACCUCUACAUUCAGCUCUCCUAACUACCCACACUCCUAUGGAAACAAGGCUUCUUGUUUGUGGACUGUUCAUGCCAGGAAGGGAUGGAAUAUCCAGCUUCACAUGCUGGAUUUUGAUGUGGAGGCGACCUAUGCCACGGUUGAGGUGAUGGGGCGGGGCCAAAGUCUGAACUGCUUGAGGGUUCUGUGCCAACUUCACAUCUGGCUCAGCGCUGGGAAGGCCAAGGAUGGAGAAGAGGAUUCAGAGGAGAGUGGAACAGGCAGAGUGGCGGGAGGGACGGACUCUCGUAAGGGGGCGUGGCUGUGGAUGGUGUCGCUGUACUGGAGGGGCCGUCAUGUCUGUGAAGCUACUCUGAUUGACAACAAGUGGCUGGUCACCACUGCACACUGCGUCUAUGGGAUGAAUAUUCACAUUUCCAACUGGGAGGCAGUUUUGGGCCUUCACUCCCAGGACCGUGUAGAUGCCCUCCCCUCACAGGCCCUGGAACAAGGAUGGCAGUACGAGAUAGUAAAGUGUGGGGGGGACUCUGGAGGUCUUCUCAUGUGUGAGGAGGAUGGCCAGUGGGUGCAGGUCGGCGUGGUUUAUUUUGGGGUGGGGUGUGGCCGCCCCCAUCACCCUAAGAGAGACAAGCGUCUACAGGAGAUUGAAAAGGAGAGGAUUGGACGGCUGCUUGAGCAGCGGGGGGACAGAAAGUCUGUGUUAGGAUGGCCUGAGAACCAGAGAAACCAACAGAGCAACCAGAUCAGCAGUGUCCACCAAUCCCAGUCACCACACAGCACUAAUACAGAGCACCAAACUGUGAGAAGUAAGCCAAUAAAAGGGAAGGAUGAGCGGAGUGGAAGACAUACAACUCUGCGAGGCCGUCUCAGCUCCAUGUUCAGCCUCAGGGUCCCUAUCAGGGGCAGCAGAGACACGGGAGGAAAAGACAAGAGCCACAGCCAUAACAAUGGAGAACCAAGCUGCGAAGACAAGAGUACUGAGGCAAAGCAUGUGGAGGAGCAAAUAGGUGAGCUUGCAGAGGAGCUCACCAAGGAGGUGCACACAGAGGAGGGGCUCACCAAGGAGGUGCACACAGAGGAUGGGCUCACCAAGGAGGUGCACACAGAGGGGCUCACCAAGGAGGUGCACACAGAGGAUGGGCUCACCAAGGAGGUGUACGCAGAGGAUGGGCUCACCAAGGAGGUGUACACAGAGGAUGGGCUCACCAAGGAGGUGUACACAGAGGAUGGGCUCACCAAGGAGGUGCACACAGAGGAAGAGCCCAUUAAGGAUGACUCAGAGGAUAGUAAGGUGAUUGAACCUGCUGCCUUCUCAGAGGGUAAAACAGUGAAGAGGUUCACAGAUCCACUGGAAACAGGUGGAAAGCAGGAGAGCUCCACAGGUCAGGCUCACUGCAGCACCACUCAGAGAGAGGACCAAGACAAUUCUAGAGUAACUGGACCAGCAUCAGAACCAGUCAGCCAGCCUCCAGUGAAGCAUGAGGAUUGCACAUCUAUCCAAUGGAGAGAACACAUCCAACCAUCAGCUGAAUUGAAAAUGUCUAUUCCCUCUAACAGCCCAACUCUGAACAUAUGUAGCAGCCCCAUCAGUGCCCACCACCCUGACAUGUCCACCCCCUGCCUUGAACUUCAACAGCAGUCCCUACCCAGGACUGACACUGUGGGGAGUAUUUCCCCUGAGGUAAAAACCUUUCCCUUUCACAGCCCACAUGGACCUCCAAAGCUUCAGUUUUCUAACGUGAAGAGAAGUCCGCUUCAGAAGACCUUUGGUCGGGCCGUAACACCAGCUCGCCAUUUGUCCUUGAUCAGGCCAUGGAGUGUGGAGUCGCCAGGAACGUUCUCCUUGCUAAGACCAAGCAGCUCCACCACACUGCCCACCUCCCAUCAUGUAGAGACCCAAGCUCAAGCCUCCGGCCUCCCCUCCUCUGACCACAGAGAGAGUCAAGUCACCUUGAGACAGCACAUUUCAAGUAGUCAUCCCACCUUGUUCCCUGCCUCUGACCUACAGUGUGCUCCACCCCAGAGCCUCAGCAGAACCCUGCUUCACACCACACCGUCUCAUUACCCUCCUGAAAAUAGUACCAGAUUAAGCUCAUCUUUGAUAUUUAACUCUCUCUCCAUGUCUAAGAACACUUUAGCUACAGCACCUGAUAGUCCAAAAUGCUCUAACAGGGCCAAGUCACUUGAUAGACAUUUAACCGCUGGUGACAAUAACUCCCUCUACUUGCCACCCAAUAACACAAGAUGGCUGUCAUCUUCUGAGAGAAUCAACAUGUUGGCGAAGCAGCAUAAUUUAGCAGCCCAGGUUGGUUUACCACAGAGGAAACUGCAGACGAAUGCCUCCAUUCAAUCUAAUAACCAAAGAAUGUUCAAACACCAUGCUUAUUAUACAGGUGUAUAUGACAAAGGUCCCAACCUGGCAGUUACGACUCAUUCUCUCUCCAGCCUCAGCUCCAGGGCCUCCCACCGGCCUCAGUCACCUCUUCACAGCCCCCCGGUUUCACCAGAUCAUAUGACUAAUCUCACCAGAUCCCAUGAGUGUACACAUAGUGCCCCAGCAGUCAGAAAACAUUUGAUGACAGAGGAAAGAAUAAAAGCGAUUGGUUCAGAGAUUAAUGAUAGUGAAAUACAUCAUAUCAGUCAGCUUAAACAGCAGAUUUCAAAAAAGGGUUUGUUUGCAUUUCGUAAUAGAAAGAAUAGCUUGGGUCUGCUUGAUCAGGGCGCAACUCAUAUCUCUGAGAGAACUGAAAAAGAGCCCACUGGAUACAGAAGCAACCGCAAAGUAGAUCAGAUAAUGAAUCGCCUCAGAAUGACAUUCAGUAGCAAACGAAUUGAGGAAAAGAGUGUGUUGCUUGUUAGAAAGGGGAAAACUGUGCCCUCAACACUUGAGGGAGCUAGUGACAUCAGUGAGAAUAGAGGGACAGGGAAGAGCAGGGGUCCAGAGGUCGAAGAAGUGCUAAAACCGAUUGACCUUCAACAUAAUGUGGCAGGUCAUCUAAGACUACAGAACAGAGGCUGCAAUGAGCCGACAAUGUCUACCAUUAAAAUAGCAUCCAAGGAUGCCCAGUUAGAUAUUCAAGACAAAGAAAGACACACAAUAUCAAUAGAUAAAAAUGGAAACCCAUCACUGUCAAAGGAAGAAUUAAGUAGAACAAAUUAUCCACAUUCACCCUAUUUUAGUAGUCAAUCUGUUGUAAAAGAAUCCCAGAUUGAUUCCACAAGUUCUAGACCCAGUCAUGUUAGCCUCAACACAGAGAAUGAAGAUGCCUUCUUUAGCUCAUUAGGUAAGGACAGUAGAUCAGAUAGGAGUACAACUGGCUGUUUUAAACUCACACAGCACUCAUACUCUGGUAUCUCUCCAACCACUACAGAUUUUGGCCUGAAACAUGGCCACUCCAUCUCUGUCACCAACAUUUACUCAAACCGAACAUCAAAAAACAGGCACAUCUCUACAGGAACUGAUAUGGCCUCCACAAGGGACCUAAGGAGUCUGGAGGAUAUCAGAGGGCCAAGGGACCUUGGUUGCCCACACAGGACCCUUUCCAGAGCUUUUUCUUGCAUACUGAGCCAGAGAACCUCUGUUAGUCGAAAUAGAACAGACCGCAUCCUAAGCCCUAAGAGCCUGACAUUGCCCCGGCCUCUACGGUUCAAUGAGUCAUCAAUUUUGCCCACAGAGAUUUCAAAUUCACUUAUCAUUGAUCAGACGUCACAGUUCAUUCCAGGCCUCAUGGAACAACUUCCCAUCAGGAGCUCCAGUUUGUCAGACUUUGAGGAGUAUGACUCAGAUACAACUACAGAUGGAGAGUACAACUUGAGCAGUGAUGAUUGGGAGAAAGAGUCAAUGCUCUAGCAAAGGGGUAAUGUUUUGAGUAACAUUGUGCAAAUAUUUUCAUUUUGUAAUAUGUUUUAGUGAAAAUAAUUUCUUACAGGCCUGUGUAUUGUUGAAAAACAUGAAUAAAACGGGACUAAAUCUGUGCAUUAAUUGAAUCCAUAUUUUACUAUUGUAGCCAACUUCAUCACAUCUCCUCCACUGUUGCAGGGCUCUAUGCUGACCUUUUUUACAAGGAGCACGUGUGCGUGGCUAAGUUGAAAAAUGUAGGUG